AUUACCACACGUUCUAAAUCUAUUCUCAGACCGACUAAGGUCAAAGACUUCUAUGUUUGUUAUUGUCUAUGAUUGCUGGGCGUCGCGUUGCCCUAAUGUCAGCUGGUAGGUGACAACAUAACCCGAUAUUACUCACUACCGAACGUCAGUGGUAAAUUUUGUUUAUAAUAAUGUCUAGAACGGGACCGCGGUUAGAUGCAAAGAAAGUGAAUUCAGAACUUUUCACAUUGACCUAUGGGGCACUCGUGACGCAGCUUCUCAAAGAUUAUGAGAAUGUUGAAGAUGUUAAUAAGCAGCUCGAAAGAAUGGGAUACAACAUGGGGAUUCGUUUGAUUGAAGACUUCUUAGCUCGCACCGGUUCAGGUCGAUGUUAUGACUUUAGGGAUACUGCUGAAAAAAUACAGAGUGGAUUCAAAAUUUUCCUAGGCAUUACUCCAACUAUCACAAACUGGAGUCCAGCAGGAGAUGCAUUCUCCUUAUGCUUCGAAACCAACCCAUUGACAGAGUUUGUGGAGCUACCAGAUCACUGCUUGAAUUUGAAAUACUGUAACAUAUUAACUGGCGUACUGAGAGGUGCUUGCGAAAUGGUGCAGAUGGAGGUAGCUUCUUGGUUCGUUCAAGACCAACUCAAAAACGAUAGUGUAACAGAGUUAAGAGUGAAAUAUGUCAAGAGACUUGAAGAUGCUAUUCCAGCUGGAGAAGAUUGAAUGAAUCAACCAAAUCCAAACCUCUAAAACAUUCUCAUUAGUGUAAGGAUGCUGUAGAAUAAACAACUCAUAUGCUGUUAGAUCAACGUACUGUAAGCUGUACAUUACUAAUAAAACACAAAUCAAAUCUGUCAGUUAAAAAA